GGCGGUGACCUUUUUAUUUCUACCGGAGCGAUGAUUUUACAUUCGCGUAAUAUAUUGAUUGCUUGAAUGCAAAAUGCCUCGGUGCAUGGUCCCAGGAUGUGGGAAUAUGUCCGGUGUGACGAGUGGAAUUCGAUUCAAACAGUGGCCACUGAAAGAUGAAGAACUUUCUAGGAAAUGGUUGCAUGCGAUUCGGCGGGCUGACCUAGACAAAAGAAAGAAAACAUUCACAAAGAAUGACCGAGUUUGCGAGCUACACUUCGAGAAAGACUGUUUUGAAUCUGAAGGUGAGCUGAAGGUCAAAGCAUUUGGAAGGAAGACCCCGAAAACUUGGAUUAGAGCUGACGCAGUGCCCACCCUUUGCAAGCCUGGCCAGUUCCCCGUGCCCUCGCCCACCCCGUCCUCAUCAUCGAAUUCCGCCAACGGUGCAAGUGGGAGUGCCUUGAUUUCGACUCCUGCAUCAUCAGUCAAGGUUAGAACUCCGAAACGACCAAGAAGUGUUGACAGGAUUCAAAGGCUAACCCAAAAAAAUAUUGUACAGUCAUUACUUCAAGACAGCCCCAGCAAAGCAAGUGAAGUCAGCAACACCCCAACGGUUGGGAAGAAAAGGAGAAAAAAUGAUACCGAGCCAGCCACGCCACCAGAUGCCGAUGUCAUCCCCACCACACCACCAGUGAAGCAUGAUGUUGAUACCCAAACAGACUGGGAUAUGGCAUUCAUGCAGAGGAUAGAUGGCAUGUUGUAUGGCUCAGUGGAGGUCAUACAGCAUGAUCAUUCCUAUAGUAAGGCUAAUCAACCGGAUCAAGAUUCCACUCUCCGACCAAGAUCAAGCAGUGAAGGUACAAGAGAAGCAGACUUGCAACCUCCUCAGCUCAGUCCUGAUAUCAGCUCAGCAGAUGUGCUACAAUCAUGCCAGCUUCUGCCUGGAGGAGGAAGUAAUUUACAUGUAGACGAUGCACUAGCUGCUACCUCAGAGUCUGAUGUUACCAGUGACGACUCUGACUUCGAGCUUCCUACCACAGCGAGGAAGGUGGAUGAUUGUGCAAAACACUUUGAUAUAUUAGACGAGGACCAAUUUUCCAAUAGUGCUGGUGAUUACAUUGAGCAGAAGAAAUUCAUUGUGUACGAGGAUGAAGCUUGGAGAGAGCACAGGUCCAAGCUUGUUCAGGCCCUGCAGGACAGGUCAAUUACUGUCAUUGGCGAUGGACGGUGUGACUCACCUGGACACAGUGCCAAGUAUGCUGCGUCUUGUGAGGGUGACCCUGUGUUGUUGAAAGAGAUAUGGACAUCCAUCCUGUAUCAUGUCCAGGAUAUCCAUGAAUGGGGGGACAAAACCAUGUUUCAUGCUUGUAACCAUGCCCCCCUCACAGACGAAGAGUCUAGAAAAAAGAAAUGGCUUGAACCAGACUCUCCUUCACUAAAAGCAUUGGCAACUGUUGUCAAUGACAAGAGAUUACUGGCAGAUGUUGGUAAACUGAGUAGUUUCUGCCACACAGGAAUACUAGAAGUGUAUCAUUCAGAGAUGAUAAAAUACAUGCCAAAGAGCAGGCAUUUUUCUUACAAGGGCAUGGUUGCAAGGACCCAGCUAGUUGCAUUGGAUCACAAUGAACAUUCUGAGCGCAAACAGAUCACCAACAAGUCAGGGAAGCCACGAUAUUACCACAGUUGUCCCAAGGGACGGGACCAUUUGGUUGCAAAAAAUGUAAAAGAGCAGAAGGAUUAUGCUUACCUUCCAAAAAUGAUGACAGCUGUGGUUGAACAUGUCAUGUCUGGCACAAAACCCACACCGGUGUUGGAGCCAAUCCUUCCACAGAGAAUAACCUCUGUUGAAAGACCUGAUCUUGAAGAGUCGCUCCGAUACUCUAGGUUCAUCAAAUGA